GGUGAUCUACACAAAACUCGCAACUCUGCGUCAGCCACAGAUGGACUCUCUGCAACUUCAUUUAUAGAAUACCCAAAGUACAAGCCAUUUAUUAAUUCAGAUUUGCUGCGGUCCCCACGGAAACCAGUAAUUCCAUAUCCUGAAAGCAACAGCAGAGCAAUAUUUUCUGCUCUGAAGAAUCUCCAGGAAAAAAUUCAUCGACUGGAGUUGGAGCGGCUUCAGGCAGAGGAGAAUGUGAAACACCUCAGCAGAGAAACAGCAGACUAUAAAAAAGUACUAAGUGAACAAAUGCAACACAAAGAGCAUGACAAGACUGAAGUGUCAAAGAAAAAUCAAGAACUGGCUUCUCAGCUGGCAGCUGCUGAGUCUCGGUGCAGCCUUUUAGAGAAACAGCUGGACUACAUGAGGAAAAUGAUCCAGCAUGCAGAAAAUGAGAAGUCGCAUCUCUUGGAGAAACAGGGUUCGUUGGAGAGGGAUCGGCUUCUUGAUCAAUCACAUGUUCAGUCUAAGUUGGAAAAGCUGGAUAUGCUGGAAAAAGAGUACAGCAGACUUACUAUGAUGCAGUCGAUAGCAGAGAAAAAAAUGAAAGAGCUGGAACAGAAGCUUCAGGAGGAAGAACACGCGAGGAAGCUUGUUCAGGAAAAAGCAGCUGAGCUUCAGACAGGCCUGGAGACCAACAGACUACUGAUUCAAGCAGCAUCACCAUUGCUUUCUCCAAAAGCAAGAAAACCCAGGAAAAAAACUAAGCAGCCAGAGAAGAAAUGCUCUCUUACAAGCCAUCUCACUACGCAGCCCCAUUACAGACUGUGUCUGGGUGAUGUACCCUUUGUAGCUGGGAAGUCUACCAGUCCCAGUCAUUCAGUUGGUGCCAAUGUCCAACAUGUCCUACACCUGAUGAAGCAACACUCGAAAGCUUUGUGUAACAGUCGUGUGGUAAAUGAUACUCCACUAGCAAAACCCAUCAGUACCGGUCAUCCUGCCAGCAAAAGCAGAAGGACAUCGCUGCCAAAGGAAUCUUCUUCAUCUCAGGAAGAGCUCUCAGAAGUGCUGCUGACUUUACAAGAUGAAUUUGGGCAGAUGAGUUUUGAUCACCAGCAGCUGUCAAAGCUUGUCCAGGAUGCCCCAACCAUUGCAGUGAGGGAAGAUCUGGAGAGGGAACUUGAGGCGCUGGUGGGAAAAAUGGAAGCAAAGGCAGACCAGAUCAGCAAAGUCCGGAGGCAUCGGUUGCAGCUAGAGAGACUCAAGAGAGAAUGCAAGUCCAAAAAGAAUUCUGCUAAACAAAUAAAAGACAGCAGGUCCCCUGUUAGUGAGGUUAAAGUAACAACUACAGUAACCACAAAAGGAAAGAAUGCUGGUCCCAUCAAAGUGAAACCUGGAGAGAAGAGUCGAAAAAAUCUUCAGUUGUUGAGAGACAUGCAGACCAUACAGACUUCACUACAGAAGGAUGAUAUCAGCUGGGACUACUGA